UUGUAUCGUUCAUUUCUUUUCCGCCUUUAUCACAUACGUGUGCUUGUUCUCAAAUUGAGCUAAGGCCAAAUUUAGGCGACUUGCACCAAAAGUUAUUUCAAUAUAUAUAAAAAUGGCCACAAAAGCUGAACUCGCUUGCGUUUACUCCGCUCUGAUCUUGGUUGACGAUGAUGUUGCUGUAACUGGUGAGAAGAUCUCUACCAUCUUGAAAGCAGCAGCUGUUGAUGUUGAGCCAUACUGGCCAGGAUUGUUCGCCAAGGCUUUGGAAGGAGUAAACGUAAAAGACCUGAUCACCAACAUCGGUUCAGGAGUUGGAUCCGGACCAGCAGCCGCUGCCCCUGCUGCUGCCGGUGGAGCUGCAGCACCAGCUGCUGCUGCUAAGGAGGAAAAGAAGAAGGAAUCUGAACCAGAGGAGUCCGAUGAUGAUAUGGGCUUCGGUUUGUUCAACUAAGUUCUUCAUAAUUUAAGGAUGUGUGCAAGUGAUGAAAUGUAUUUGUACUGUUCAAAUAAAAAUAUAAAGUAAAAACA